CGCCCGGGGGAUGCCGGGAGCGACUGCUGCAGAGGCCGGGACUGUGCUGAGGAGAGCCCCAGAGCUCGGGCGCGGGCCGAGGGGGGGCCUCUGCUUGGUUUGAUUGCUGAGACACACAGUCGACAGGAAAUAUGAACGAUUCCAGGCCGCAGUCGUUGUUCUUCAUCACACUUCCAGAUACACAGAAACUGUGUGCAGUCCCAGUAACACUGAGUAACAGAGUGGCAGAUGCUGAGCUUAGGAGUACACAAAUGAAGAUGUGCAGACAAUUGCUAAUUUUGCAUGAAGAUAUUCUUGCCUCACCUAUACCUGGAACCUUCAACCAAAUUUGGAUAGUGAUGGCAAUCCCAUUUUUUAAGGCUGGAAAACUUAAUGCUUAUAUUGAAAAAUAUGAAGCUAAGAUGGAGUCUCCACAAAGAGUAAUUCCUGCAAUUCUUCAGAACUGCAUUUCAUACUCACUUACCACUAGACUUGCUCCAGCCUGGAAUCGAGCUGGCCAUCUCUUGGUACAAGGAAAAGAUUUUCUUUCUCAGAUGGGAAAGCAGAGUGCUGUUGUAUUAGAUGUCAAUGUAACAGAAACUCAAAUUUGUCUAAGCAUAGAAGUUUGCACUAUCAGACUGCCACCACCAGAGCUAGAGGAAUUUGAUAUUUCUCAGAGUACAAUAGAGAAUUUUCAUACUAAUAAGAAUGCUAUCAUUGAAACACAUGCCAUUUUGAACAACUGGUGCUACAUUUUGCCAAGUAUGAAAAUGGGACAAAUAAUAAAUAUUCUUCAUGCUAUACCAGCUGACUGUCCAUUUCAUUCAUUUGAAGAUUUCCAGAUGCACUGGGAUGACAUGUAUGGCUAUAAACUUCCAGAAGAUGGUAGAAAUAUUAAAAUAUACUGCAGCAUCUACUUCAAAAUGAUCAGCGAAAGGACAUUCACAUACCCACUCAGUUGCAUUAGAUGUCAGCCCAUACAGUUCUUCCCAAGGGUGGAUUUGGAAGGUGUGUUGAAAAGUUUCCUUUCAGAUCUAAAAUCUAAACUGCCUCAUAUAUGUGGAUUUCCCAUAAAGAUGACAAAUAAGGCAUGCUACUGUACACAUGGACUAACCAAACCUCAUGUACAGGAAACCAAAGUCAAGCCACCCAAUUUGACCACUAAAAGACUGUUCAGGGCUUCUGUGAUGCAAGUCAGUUCCAGAAAGCCUGUCCCAGCUCCACGUCUUCUCACAUGUUCAGUAGCAAGAGACCACACGGUGGAGCAUUCCAUCAGCCAGCUGCAGCCAGACACUUUCUCAGUUCUGCAACACCAGCCAGAGUCCUUUCAAAGUGCAAAGCAAUUUCUGUCUCACAAGCGACAUUUGAAAGAAUCAAAGGCAGACACAGGAAACACUCAAGUUCUUAUCUCAAAUCUUAGCUCCCAAAGUAAUAUCACCCCUAAAUUCAUACCAGUUUUCAAAAAUAGAUUGUCACCAAUGAACAAAGAUAUUUCAGUGCUUGACAAGCAGAAAAGAAAACAGCGUGUAACAGAAUCUAAAUUGCUUUCAUAUAAAACCAGUAUAAUCCAAAAUGACAAACUGAAUUUGGAUCCAACUACUAAAAAGAGAUCUAAUAGUAACAUUCAAAUAUAUGCUAGAAAUUUAAAUCAGAAGAGCUCCAGACCUGUGCAAGAAAAAAAUACUGACUGCUCUGAAAAUAUAACAAAAUAUUUCUCUUCUAAUGGAAAAUCAAUUGUGAGCUUAAAUGAAAGUAAACUGUCAAACAGUACAAUGUGUCAGGUGUCAAAUAAUGGUUUAAGUGUAAUAAAAAAUGCUGUGGACGUCUAUGGAAAAGAAAAUGUAACAAGUAAAUAUAUAACACAGAUAUUAAGGAAAGACUGUGAGUCAAUGAAACUGAAGCGACAACCACAUAUUUUUGAGCCAGACAUAGAAACUGAAGAUCCACAACUGCUCCCACAGCAGGCAACCCAAAAUGAGGAAAUUGACUUAAGCAACCACAGGUUAAUAGUAAGCAGAACAGUCCACAGGUCUAGAAGACAGUUAUGUCCUGAGUCUUCAAAAACUUCAAAGCAUCACUCUAAUACUAUGCAUGAUGGGCAAUCCAGUUCUAGGAAACAGAUACAUGACAUGGAUAAAUCAAAAUCUAAGAAAUUUCACACCAUUCUUAAAGCUUAGAACAUGGACAUGAACAAGAGAAGUUCCACCAGGUAACAAGG